AUGGAAGUCGCCAUUUGGAAUUCCACAAACAACACAAAAAACAUGGUAAGAGUUGACUCUUCAGGUUGAGGCACACACUGGUCUCUCUUGGGGACCUGGGCUCACAGACGAGGGCAACUGGCUGACACUAUACCAAACAGGAAAAUAUGUCAGAUUUGGCCCCAAUCGAGUCUCGCUAAACUCGGGGGCAGCUUCUCGAGAUUUGCACAGUGCACAUUCCAAUACCUUCAAAUCCAACGCAUAUAGCUCCUUCAAGCGCUUUUUUGGCGCUGAGAUGUCUCUCACGACCGUCGACCACAAAGCGCAUGCUUUUCGACGAAGGGUCAACGCGUCUGCGCUCACGCCAGCGGCGAUAAAAUCUCUCGAGAAGCGAGUCACACCACAUGUAGAUCUCCUCGUUGCUCAGAUUGACGAAGCGAUCGACAAGACAGGGACGGAAUCUGGAUGGGGACCCAGCAAAGAUAUGGGCCACGCGGUUGCCUAUGUCAUCGCCGAUAUCAUGGGGGAUGUGACUUUCAGCCAGCACUUCAACGUACAGCGAGACGCAAAGAACCGCCAUUUCAUCCAUGAUCUACCCAAGGGCGUCGCUGGAAUCCAUCUCGUUGGUCAUAUGCAAUCGCUCUUCUUGUUCAACAUGCACCGAGUGCUCUUCCGCGAACUCAUCGAGGGCGUUGGUCAGCUGAUGGCACUGAGUCGCUCCUUUGCCAACCGCCGACUCGAGGACGGCAAGAAAGGGGUAUCGAGCAAUGAUAUUUGGGAAGCACUGCUGACUGCGCGCGAUCCUAAAAGCGGGCGAGGAUUCACGCCCGAGGAGCUCACGUCCGAGGCCAGUCUCUUCAUCAUCGGGGGCACCGACGGCAUGAUCACGGCCACGACUUCGACCCUCUUCUACCUCGUACAUAACCCGGAUGCUCUCCAUCGCCUCACCCGGGAGCUUCGUGAAGCUUUUCCAGCAACACCGUCACCCACGGGUAAAUUGUCUUGUCCCAUCCAGUUUGCCAGCCCGGAGCUUCAACGUGUUGACUGGCUAUUUGCCUGCAUCGAUGAAUCCAUGCGCAUCAGUCCGCCUGUCCCCAGCAUCCUCCCUCGCCGUGCUGGCCCUGGUGGAAUAGUGGUUGAUGGCGACUUCUUCCCCGAAGGCACCGAUUUGGGCAUCCCCCACUACAGCCUCCAUCGCAACCCCGACGUCUUUCCUGAACCCCUUGCCUAUAAGCCGCAGCGAUGGAUGUCCAAAGACGAGGCGAAGGAGGGUGGCGUGGCGCUUAAACCUGGUGUCGGUUCGGGCCCAUCAUUCACACCUUUUGGGGCUGGUCGCAGUAGUUGUAUUGGGAAGGAUAUGGCGUAUAAAGAGGUAGCAUACAUUCUUGCGCGGUUGAUCUGGCAGUUUGAUAUCAAACUGGAUCAGAAUGAUCUCACGGGAGAAGGUUUAGGGACGGGCCCUGAAGGUCGGGAGAGGAAGGAUGAGUUUCAAUUGUUUGAUCGCUUCGUAAGCGAGCAGAGAGGUCCCACGCUACAAUUUAGACGCAGGAGUUCCCUAGUAGAAGCUUAA